CUCUAUGCGGGUAUAAGAAUUGAGAGUGAUUGUAUGCAGGUUGGUGUAAUAAGACUUGUGUGUCUGCAAUCCGACCGACGUAAAACAAGAAGGAGAAGAAGAAACCCAGAAGAUGGCAGUAGUGCAACGUCUCUGUAUGCAAGCUGCCGUUAAGCCCCAAAGAAGAAGAAGAAGAACUGAGAGUGACAGAUGGAGCGAUCUGCUAAAUAAACUGGAGAUAAAGAUGGAGCAGCAUGAAGAUAACCAGACAACACCACAUGUGAUGAUUAAAACAUGCCAGUCAUCACCGAGGCAAGAAUGGACGAAUGAAAGACCGUGUCUGGAAGAAGAUUAUAUCACUUGCCAUCAAUGUGGGAUAUGUUUCACCAAGCAAGUGUGCCUUGAAAAGCACAUGAGAAUUCACAUGGGAGAAAAGCCAUUCACCUGCCCUCAAUGUGGAAAGAGAUUCACAUUUAAACAAAGCAUUCAGAGACACAUGAGAAUUCACACUGGAGAGAAGCCUUUCACCUGCUCUCAGUGUGGAAAAAGUUUCACAGAGAAACAAAACCUUAAAUAUCAUAUGAGAAUUCAUACUGGAGAGAAGCCUUUCACCUGCUUUCAGUGUGGAAAGAGUUACACAAUGAAGCAAAGCCUUGAGAUUCACAUGAGAAUUCACACUGGAGAGAAGCCUUUCCCCUGCUUUCAGUGUGGAAGGAGUUUUAACAUGAAACAAAACCUUGACAUUCACAUGAGAAAUCACACUGGAGAGAAGCCUUUCAUCUGUUCUGAGUGUGGAAAGAGUUUCACAGUGAAACACAACCUUGAGAGUCACAUUAAAAUUCACACUGGAGAGAAGCCUUUCACCUGCUCUCAGUGUGGAAAGAGUUUCACAGAGAAACACAACCUUAAAUAUCACAUGAGAAUUCACACUGGAGAGAAGCCUUUCACCUGCCCUCAGUGUGGAAAGAGUUACACAUUGAAGCAAAGCCUUGAGAUUCACAUGAGAAUUCACACUGGAGUGAAGCCUUUCUCUUGCUCUCAGUGUGGAAAGAGUUUCACAGUGAAAAGAAUCCUUGAGAGUCACAUGAGGAUUCACACUGGAGAGAAGCUGUUCAUCUGCCCUCAAUGUGGAAAGAGUUUUGCAGUGAAACAAAGCCUUGAGAGACACAUGAUAAUUCACACUGGAGAAAAGGCUUUCACCUGCUCUCUGUGUGGAAAGAGUUUCACAGAACAAAGAAUCCUUAAAGUUCACAUGAGAAUUCACACUGGAGAAAAGCCUUUCAACUGCCAUCAGUGUGAAAAGAAUUUCACAGUGAAACAACAUUUUGAAAAUCACAUGAGAAUUCACACUGGAGAGAAGCCUUUUAUUUGUCCUCAGUGUGGAAAGAGUUUCACAGUGAAACGAAACCUUGAGAGACACAUGAGAAUUCACACGGGAGAGAAGCCUUUCACCUGCUUUCAAUGUGGAAAGAGUUUCACAGUGAAUCAAAGCCUUGAGAGACACAUGAGAAUUCACACUGGAGAGAAGCCUUUCACCUGCUCUCAAUGUGGAAAGAGUUUCACAAUGAAACAAAGCCUUGAGAGACACCUGAGAAUUCACACUGGAAAGAACACUGACUAUCGGAAUGAACUGAACGAAGAUUAUAUCACUUGUCAUCAAUGUGGGGUGCAUUUCACCAAUCAAGCAAGCUUUAAGCAGCACAUGAGAAGUCACACUGGAGUAAAGCCUUUUAUCUGCCCUCAGUGUGGAAAGAGUUUCACAGUGAAACAAAGCCUUGAGGUUCACAUCAGAAUUCACACUGGAGAAAAGCCUUUCUCCUGCUUUGUGUGUGGAAAGAGUUUCGCACAACAAGGACAGCUUAAAUAUCACAUGACAAGCCACACUGGAGAGAAGCCUUUCACCUGCCCUCAAUGUGAAAAGAGUUUCAAAGCCAAACAAAGCCUUAAAAUUCACAUGAGAGUUCACACUGGAGAGAAGCCUUUCACCUGUCUUCAGUGUGGGAUGAGCUUCUCACAACUAAAACACCUUAAGCAUCACAUAAGAACACACACCGGAGAGAAGCCUUUCACCUGCUCUCUAUGCGGAAAAAGUUACAGAGUGAAACGAAACCUUGAGAUUCACAUAAGAACUCACACUGGAGAGAUGCCUUUUAUCUGCUCUGAGUGCGGAAAGCGUUUCACAAUAAAACAAAAGCUUGAUAGUCACAUGAGAAUUCACACCGGAGAGAAGCCUUUCUCCUGCUCUCAGUGUGGAAAGAGAUUCACAGUGAAACAAAGCCUUGACAGUCACAUGACCAUUCACACUGGAGAGAAGCCAUUCACCUGCUCUCGAUGCGGAAAGAGUUAUGCUGUAAAACGAAACCUUGAGUAUCACAUGAGAGUUCACACUGGAGAGAAGCCUUUCGUCUGCCAUCAAUGUGGGAACAGUUUCGCAAUGAAGAAAAACCUUGUGAGACACAUGAACAUUCACACUGGAGCGAAGCCUUUCACCUGUUCCAAGUGUGGAAAGAGUUUCACCGUGAAACAUGGCCUUUAUAAUCACAUGAGAAUUCACACUGGAGAGAAGCCUUUCGUCUGCUCUGAGUGUGGAAAGAGUUUCACCGUGAAGCAUGGCCUUGAUGAUCACAAGAGAAUUCACACUGGAGAGAAGCCUUUCGUCUGCCCUCAAUGUGGGAACAGUUUUGCAAUUAAAAACAACCUUGUGAGACACAUGAAAAUUCACACUCGAGUGAAGCCUUUUAGCUGCUCUGAGUGUGGAAAGAGUUUCACUGUGAAACAUGGCCUUGAUAAUCACAUGAGAAUUCACACUGGAGAGAAGCCUUUCACCUGCUCUGAGUGUGGAAAGAGCUACACAUUGAGUCAAAGUCUUGAGAGACACAUGAGAAUUCACAGUGGAGAGAAGCCUUUCGACAGAGUGUGGGAAUCUCUUCCUCCACCUGUUUGCAGCAUCCCUCAAAAUGAAGAGAUUGCAGUCAUAGUGUACCAGAAAUCCAACCAGCUUUUGCAGGAGAUUGAUGUAGUCAAUAUUUUAUGUGAAGUUCCAAACACAAAAAUCUUGCUGAUGGAGAGUAACUGGCAAGAGACAAUGACAACUUCUAAAAUGUCUGGCACCAGACUUGAGGAAGAAGAGAAAGUCCUGCAGGUCUUCUCACUGAGCUGCUGCAAAACAUAAAGACAGUGUGAGUUGUUUAUCACUUUCAUUAAAAGAAUUUAAUUAUUCAAACUGUACCUUGGUGUUGUUUCACCCUGUUGUGAUAUAUAUAUAUCCAAGUGAAACUUAAACUAAAAAUAAAAAGUAGGACAGGACUUGAUUUUGUCUAUAAGGAAUUGAUUGGAUUGCUGGUGUGGUGCAUCAUAAGAUUUGCAGCAGGGAGGGGAAGUUUCCUUUCUUAGGGAACUCAAUGCUGCAUCAGUUGCUGCCGCUAUAGGAAUACCUUAAGCCAGUGUCUGAAGCAUGUGUGAAAUCAUUCAAUUGGCUACAUCAGUCGCAUGAAAUCACUGGCGUGCUGGCAUGUCUAUGAAAGGCUGCAUAAAACAUAAUCAGUGUUGCAACCGUAAAGAGCACUUUCACUUUCGCGAUCAAAGGGGCAGGGGGCUCAAGCAGUGAGCCCCCUGUGUAUAUUUUUACAGUAAUUUUACUUCAAGAGCAGCCGUCUGGUUUAUUUUGAACAGGUUCUCCAGAGCGGCUGCACAAGCUCUGAUGAUGACACAGAUACAUCACGAUUGGUCGGAUUCUCAGAUGAUAACAAUGAUGUGUUUUGUGUUUAUUCGAACACCUUCAGUUUCACUAAUGCUUACAAAAUCUUUUUAUAACUGUAAAAACUCGUAGUGUAAUAUUAAUGUUCUAUGGUGUCAUGUUUAUCAAAAUAAAACGUAUUAAAAAUAUAUACAGACACAAUUUUAUGGUAUUUGAUAGCAUUAGCUUAUGUUGAACUAUUUUUGUACAAACAGGCAAUGUAUUAAAGCAGUACUGAAUGAAAAGCGUUUCUGACGUGACUUUUUUUGUAUGGACAAAAUCAUUUGAAACAUUCAUCAAAUUAUCUUUCUUUGUGUUCCACAAUGCAGAAAUAAAGUCAUACAUUUUUCUUAAAUGUAUAUGUUACUAGGUGCAUAUGUGAUAAUAAGAAAUAAUAGCCAUGAACAAUAUAGAUUUUGUUCUCAUGGUAUAUAGCUUGGUAUACAGCUCACUUUAUAGCUAAAAGGCUCUGUCUCUGAAAAUAACUCAUCUGUGUCUAAUGUAUUUGUCAUUUUUUUACUUUAAAUUUUACAUCGGCAUUUCCAUGGGUUCAUCGGAUCAACGCCCUCUAAAGGUGAACCAGUAUAUAUGACGUAACGAAGCCUCGUUGCUGAAAUCACGUGACCUGGCCAGUUUGAUUCGCGAUCCGAAUCAAUAGGCUUGUUCAAGGUGCAUCGGCGCUGCGCAGACUGAUCGGCGUAUGACAUCAAAGUACCGCGAGAGCAUUCGACUCCUUAUGCUUUUGAAUCGCUCUCGCGCUACUUUGAUGUCAUACGCUGAUCGGUUUGCGCAGCGCCGAUGCAUCUUGAACAAGCCUGCUAUUUCCAAACAAAAGAAACGGUUACGUUUCGGAUCUUCAUGAGGCAGUGUUUUUAAAGCGCCGAUCACUACAUUAAAGCUACAGUAAUUUCAAAGCAAACCAGCUUCGGAUGUAGAGUCUCGAUUAGAGAAUAUAGUGAAUCAAAACAGACUGAUAGAGAGCUAUCUGCGAAAUAAACUUGAUCAGGAAAGAUGGAGCAGCAUGAAAACAACCAGACCACACAGGCACCAGAUGUCAAGACGGAAACCUGCCAGUCGACUAGUCUUAAACAGAACGAUAUAACACAGUACAAAAAUCUUGCUGAUGGAGAGUAACUGGCAAGAGACAAUGACAACUUCUAAAAUGUCUGGCACCAGACUUGAGGAAGAAGAGAAAGUCCUGCAGGUCUUCUCACUGAGCUGCUGCAAAACAUAAAGACAGUAUAUUACAGGAAAAUAAACCCAGAAGAUGGCAGUAGUGCAACGCCUCUGGAUGCAAGCUGCUGUUGAUCCCGAAAGAAGAAGCGGAAGAACUGACUGAUGGAGCGAUCUGCAAAAUAAACUGGAUCGAGCAUUUACUGGAGAUAAAGAUGGAGCAGCAUGAAGAUAACCAGACAACACCAGAUGUGAUGAUUAAAACAUGCCAGUCAUCACCGAGGCAAGAACGGAUGAAUGAAAGACCGUCAUCAGCAUUUUCAUCCAUCUUGUGGAAGUCCUGGGAAGUAAGGCUGUGUUCGAAACCACAUACUUCUCUACUAUAUAGUAGGCAAAAAGCAGUAGGCGAAUGAAUAUUAUGUCCAAAACCUUAGUAUUCAUAUAGGUGAGAAUUACCGGGGCUUUGGACUAAUUCUCGCGAGAUUCGGACUUGCGUAUACUAAUGUUGCGUUCGAAUAUGCCUACCUACCUACUAUAUAGUAGGAGAAAACAGUGCGAGAAAAGAGUAGUAUGUUUGAACCCUCCAGUACUCAUUAAAGAGUAGGUGAGAAAUCCCCGGAUGGUCUACUGCUCCCGCCCAGAUUCUGAAGCACUCAUCAUCGGAUACUUUUAUAUCCCUGCCUUCCCAGGAGGCCACGGGAAAGGAUACAUCAUUAGCUAACCUGGCGGAGACCAGCGAAUGGACUGAUGAGCACACGUGUGUUUAUCCAGUGGAGAGAGGCUGAUGAAGGAAGGGUUUGAAACUUUUGUGGUGGAGCCGGACCUGCAAGGAAGGCGAUGGCGGCAUUUGUGAAAAAAAAGGGAAAACCUGAAGUAAAAUCAUUUUGUUACUUCUAAUAUAGAAGUCAAAUGCCAUUGUGCUGUUAAAGGAUUAGUUCACUUUCAAAUAAAAAUUUUAUUGGAAAUGGUGUAGAGCCAUGGAUGAGACCCUCCAUCACUCCACCUUAUUGCCUCAUCUGGCCUGGAUGUUGCUGUGGUCUCUUCAUCCUCAGUGAGCCCAGAGCCAAACAAAAGAAAAAAACAAAUACAAAAAAACACAGGGAUUGAACAGCUUGAAGGCGAGUAAAUAAUGACUGAAUUUAUAUGUUUGGGUGAACUCACCCUUUAAGCCCCCAAAUAGUUAUUUUAUGAAAUGAUAUGUUUAUGCAUUCAUAAUAUAGCAGUACCUUGAAGAAAUAAAUUAAGAAAUAAGCAGCUUUAUUGAGCGUUUGUGCUUGUGACACUUACAAAAAUUGAUUUACAAAAAUCACAUUUAUUUAUGCAUUUGGCAGAAGCUUUUAUACAUAGUGACUUACAGUGCACUUGUUACAGGGACGAUCACCUUGGAUCAUCCUGGAGUAAAGUGUCUUGCUCAAGGACACACUGGUGUUGAUGGCUGCGGAGAACGAAGCAGCAACUUUCUGCUUACCAGUUCAGUGGUUUAGCCCACAACAGCACACAAGUAUGCUCAUGGAGAGCAGGCACUCAAAUGUUUGGAGCAGAUACAGCAGCAGCAGCCAUCUUCUCCCACUCCUGCUUCAAGGUUGUGGGGUUCAAGGGGCGUCAUUAUGGUCUUCCUCAUCCUCUGGAUCAGCGAUGUCCCCAUUGAGGAGAGCCAGAUUGUGAAGCACAGCGCAGCACGCAACAACCUCAGGCAAAAAGGCAUGGCUCCACUCUGGCCAUGAAGAAAAUAGAGCACCAGCAUGUUUUCAGGAUGCCAAAGGCUCGCUCUAUGAUGCUUCGCACACGGGAGUGCUUGCUGUCGAAACAAGCCUGCAUGAUUGCACGUCAGAUUCCAAUCUGACUGCAGCAAUGAGGGACAUGAUGGAUGGCAAAGACAGACGAAGGUGGGCAAGGUGGUCAGCUGCUUCAUCAAAAUAAAGCUGCAGAAUUGGCACAGCUGUGUUGAGAUGGCAGUAGGAUGUGGGGUUCACCACCUGUAAAUACAUGAUUGUUAGAACAAUAAGUUUGAAUAAAGAUUUGAUCUUUGAUUUUGAAUAAAGAUCUUCAAACAGUG